AUGGCUGCGACUAUGCAGGCGACAGCCGAAGCUCUGGGAAACCAAAUGAAUAAUGGGAAUAAUGGCAAUAAUGGCGAUGAGGUCCCUAUGACGCUUUUCUCUUUCCUGAAGGUUCAUCCUCUAACCUUCAGAGGAACCUCAAACCCCACCGAUGCGGACAACUGGAUCCAGACUAUAGAGCAAGCACUACAGGCUCAACAGGUUCCUGAAGAACAUUCAGUUAGGAAUGCUAAAGAACUUGAACUGCUUCAGCUGAAACAAGGCCAGAUGACUGUUACUGAGUAUACUAGCAAAUUUGAGGAAUUGUGCCGCUUUUCCCGGAUAUGUCAAGGAGCUCCUGAGGAUUUUGAUAAAUGGAAAUGUAUCAAGUAUGAGGGAGGCCUUCGGAAUGAUAUUCUGAGCUUCGUUGCACCUAUAGAGAUUAGGGUGUUUUCUGAACUCGUGAAUAAGAGUAGGGUGGCUGAAGAGUGUGUAAGAAAGGAUGCAGCAGAGAAGGGAAGUCUGAGGGUGCCUUUCCAGAGGACUCCAGGGAGGAAUUUUGCACCAAGGGGCAGACAAUUCAAGCAUGGUAGCUUUGUCCCUCAAAACAAUCAGGGGCAGUACAACUUCAGAAGGCCAAAUGCUAAUGCUAAUCAAAGAAGAAGGUAUGGAAAGCAGCUACCGCAGGAUUUGAGCUGUCAGAGAUGUGGAAAGUAUCAUCCAGGAGUUUCGUUCAGGUUUAGAACUAGAGUAUGCUAUUUCUGUGGAUAG